AGCCGCAUACGCCCCGUGGCCAGGCAUCAGUGUAGGCUUGCAUUAGCUUUGGUGAAGAUCUUACAAAUUGUUUACUCCCACCCAAAAACACAAACCUCUAAAAAAUGUCUCUAGAACGUGCUGUUCGUGCCAAGAUUGCCGGCAAACGCAAUCCCGAGAUGGACAAAGAGGCCCAGGAAUGGAUUGAGGCCAUUCUUGGUGAGAAAUUCCCCGCUGGUCAGCUGUACGAGGAUGUGCUGAAGGACGGUCAGGUGCUCUGCAAUUUGCUUAACAAACUGAAGCCGGGCGCUGUGGCCAAGAUCAACUCCUCGGGCGGUCAGUUCAAGUUCAUGGAGAACCUUAACAACUUCCAGAAGGCUCUCAAGGAAUACGGUGUGCCCGAUAUUGAUGUCUUCCAGACUGUUGAUCUGUACGAGAAGAAGGAUAUUGCCAAUGUGACCAACACCAUUUUCGCUUUGGGCCGUGCCACCUACAAGCAUCCGGAAUUCAAGGGCCCCUUCCUGGGCCCCAAGCCCGCCGAUGAGUGCAAGCGCGACUUCAGCGAGGAACAGCUGAAGGCUGGCCAAACCAUUGUCGGCCUCCAGGCCGGCUCCAACAAGGGCGCCACCCAGGCUGGCCAGAACAUUGGCGCUGGCCGCAAAAUCUUGCUCGGCAAGUAAAUGCUUGGCACUCGCCCUCAGCAGCUGUUGCCCCCCAACUUUCUGUCUGUCUUUCUAAUUUGUUAUUUAAAUUACAUCUAUGUUUAAUUGUUAAGUUUACAAACCAAAACAUUAAACCAACAACAAAACUAUUCCUCACACAAAACACACACCAAAAAAACCAAAAAAAAAAAAAUAAUUACACUCACACAAAUGCAAGUACGCACACACGCACAACAACACACAA